AUGGCCGCGGGCGAGGGCGCCUCUGGCGGUGCCAGGUCGCAGGAUGCGCCGCAAGACGUGCAGCAGGACGGCGCCGCUGCCGUGCAGCAGAAGCCCGUGGUGAAGCGCUACAGACGAGCGGAGCUAGACGAGGAGGAGGAGCAGAGAACGUUGCUGGAGAAUGGCGAGGACGACUACGAGGAGUACGUGCCGCUGAAGAAGCGGCGGCAGAUGGAGGAGCAGGAGCGGCUGGCGCGCAUGGGUCGCGCGCCCCAACCCACAUCCCAGGCCCACCCCGGCGGGGGGCAGGGCGGGGAGGACCACGGAUCCCAAGUGCCCCCCGAGACGGAGCAGGAGCGGCUGCUGAAGGAGGAGGCGGAUAUCAUGCGUCAGGUGACCCAGAAGCAGGCGCUCAAGACAUACAAGGAGCUGGCCAAAGACAUCUCCUACUCGCGGUCCAUCAACACGGGGUGGAAGCCGCCGCUCAAGUACCGGCUGAUGAGCGACGAGGAGCACCAGGACGAAAACUGCGCCGUGUGCAGCCCUUCACCAGACAAGUGCCAGAAGUGCAUGAAGAGGCCUGCCUGGGCUGAGUACGCCGAAAGCGACUACGGGCCUGUGUACAUGGACAGGGAGGGCAACUGCCGCGAGUGCACGCACAUGGUUGGCUAUGGCUGCAAGGCCUGUGAUCAGGACGGCAAGUGCAAGCAUUGUGAUCCCGACACUGGCAGGGUCCUGCGUAAUGGCGCCUGCGUGCCGUGUGACGGCCUGGUGGAGCACUGCUAUGAAUGCACCGCCAAGGGCAAGUGCACUGCCUGCGAAGAUGGCUUCCAUCUGCGUGGCGGCAAGUGUGUUCCCUGCGACCGCGUCGACCCGUUCUGCGAGUAUUGGGAGUCGACACCAUGUAUACCCAACUGCCUCAAGUGCAGCCGAGAUGGCCGCUGCCGCACAUGUGCUUCCGGCUUCCGGCUGGUGGGCUCCAAGUGUGUUGAGUGCCGCGACUACAGCUCCUGUUGCCUAGUGCCGCUCUGCGACUCAUGCUUGACCCCCACCAAGUGCGCUGCCUGCGCCUCAUACACCUACUUUGGAAAUGGGGAGGUAGACACCGGUGUGUACAAGGACGCCAAGACGGGCCAGUGCCGGCAGUGCCAGCGCGGCUGCAGCGAGUGCGCCGACCCGCUCUGCGUAGAGUGUGACGCCGCCACCCAGAAGAAGUGCUCGAGCUGCCGCGAGUUCAGCCCGACGCCGCCCUACGUAGGUGUAUACAUGGACGCCCGCGGCAAGUGCCACGAGUGCACGGUGAAGGGGUGCGAGCUGUGUGGCAUCGAUGGGCGCUGCCGGAGGUGCGAGUACGGCUACUCAAAGGUGAAGCCGGAGGGCAAGUGCAUGGUGGUGUGA